AUGGAGGUCACAGAUAACGAGCUGUUCCAAAGGCUCUCUGCUGCAAUCGCAAAGAUACACUCAGGUCCUCCGCCUGCUGAUGUCCUUCCAUCCACCGCUACAUUGAAUAGCGCUCGCUCCAAGCUUCAAUCCCACCUCCCCAGCCAAGGUGUUGGGCUCGAAGAAAGCAUACGGCACCUACAAGAAGACCUCGCCCCAGCCUUCAACGGCUCUUCUCGCUCGCCAAACUACUACGGCUUUGUGACAGGUGGCACAACACCAGCAGCACUCCUUGCCGACAAUCUGGUCUCAGCAUAUGACCAGAACGUACAAGUUCAUCUGCCGAAUGAGACCAUUGCCACAGAUGUAGAGGAUCGAGCCCUUUCUCUACUAUGCGAAUUGCUCAACUUCGAACCAGAGCAGUGGCCGCAUCGCAUAUUCACUACGGGCGCGACAUCAGCGAAUAUCCUAGGUCUGGCAUGUGGACGAGAGUACGUGAUUGCAGAAGCCUCAGCGCAUCGUACAGAUGCAGAAAUCAGCAUUGGCGAGCUUGGUAUUGUUGAAGCUAUGCGGAAAGCUGGGAUUGACGAUAUCCAGAUAUUGACUACGGUACCGCACUCUUCGCUGGGAAAAGCGGCGGGUAUACUAGGUCUUGGGCGGGCGAGCGUCAGAUGUCUGGGGCAAUCUGAAGCACCACACAAGUUUGACAUGCAGCUGCUCAAGAAGUCACUUGAGCAGCCUGGUGCAGCGUCCAUCGUUGCUAUUUCUGCGUCGGAAGUCAACACAGGAGCCUUCGCAACCUCAGGCCUAGAAGAGAUGCAAGAGAUAAGGAAGCUGUGUGACAUGUAUGGAGCGUGGAUACAUGUCGAUGGUGCGUUUGGGCUCUUCGGCCGUCUCUUGACAUCAUCGACAUACUCUUCGAUUACCCAGGCUUGCGAAGGACUUGAACUUGCAGACUCAAUCACAGGCGACGCACACAAGCUACUCAAUGUACCAUAUGACUGUGGUUUCUUUCUCUCUCGACACCGCAGCAUCGCUGAACGCGUGUUCCAAAACCCCAACGCUGCAUACCUGGCUUCUGGAAACGAUACGAGUGCCAUCAUGUCGCCACUAAACAUCGGACUUGAGAACUCACGACGCUUCAGGGCGUUACCGGUAUACGCCAACCUUGUUGCGUAUGGUAAAGAGGGUUAUCGUGCGAUGUUGGAAAGACAGAUAGAACUUUCACGAGGGAUUGCAAGAUAUAUUCUGGAAAGCGAUGGAUAUGAGCUCCUGCCUAAGAGCAAUGGUUCUCAUGAAGAUGUCUUGAAAGGUAUCUAUAUCAUUGUACUAUUCCGUGCAAAAGAUGAAGAAAUCAAUAAGCAACUGGUCAACAAAAUCAAGGCCACGAGGAAGAUAUAUGUGUCAGGGACAGCAUGGAAUGGGAAGCCAGCAUGUAGAUUCGCAGUCUCAAACUGGAUGACAAACGUUGAGAGGGAUUUGCCCAUCGUUGAACAAGUGUUGCAAGAUAUAGUAUCAGGGAACGAAGGUAGAUAG